AUGCCUCCCUUCCCAAUACUGUUGCUUCCUGCAAAACCCCGGCAAAUUGCUAUAAAAUUUAUGGAGAUUCUUGAUAUAGUCAACUUCUCCCUAAUCACUCAAAAUGCGAAGAACGUGGUGAUCUCCGCAAAACUAAAAGUUUCGAUCAGCUGUUUCAUAGAAAGAGAUUCUCGAAUCCGUCUGAAGAUUGGAAGAGUUGAGAAAUUUCUUCCUGGUCCGUCGCUGGAUCAAACGAAAUUCUACUUGGAACAUCUUAUGGAAAUAUUUUGUCAGAAAAAACUGAAAUGCUUGACUUUCACCGAUGUUGGAAUUGCAUUGCAAGUAGUUAUUGGAGAUUUCGAUAGAUUUCAAGAUCUAAUACUUCAAAGCGGAUAUUUCUCGCGAUCCUCUGCUUCCCUGAAGACAGCUCGGGAGUAUGCUCCUAAGGUGGAAUGUAUGAAUCUGAAGGAUGCAAUGUUAACCCACACGGUUCUGUUCAAUAGAAGAUUCCAGAGAGGCUUGUUGGUUCAGAACUUUCAACGUUUAUUGCUGCCUGUCAGCUUCCGUCUGAACCUUGAUGACUUGUUGCUGAUCAAUGUGAAGCGUGUCGGUUUGACUGCUGAAGUCGGUUCUAGAGAUAUCAACUUGUUCCUGAAGCACUGGAUAGCUGGAUCGAACGAUGAGCUGGACCAUCUGAGCUUCACGCUUUCCAGUGAAGAAGGUGAUGUCUUGCAGGGAAUCAAGUUUCAAAUAUCAAAUGAACUAAAACCAAAACGAACAAGUCGCUCAGGAAUAGAUGUUCGGAGAAACGAUGGAACGAUCGCAAUUAUUUCCAUCAACUCGUCCAGGAACGUCGAGAUCAGUGUGAUGAAUAAUUAACAACUUUCUUUUUCGCUUUUUGUAUUGCCUUGGCAAGUUUUAUAUAUUUUCAAGUUAAGUUUUUGUUGAUAAAAUGUGUUUCCAAU